UGUCUUAAAACGUGAUGAACUUUGUUGUGUUGGAUGUGUAGUGUAUUUUUAUAUAUUUGAAAUAUAUACUUCAUACAUUCUAAUCUUACGAAUAUUGCCAAUAUUUCUUACUCUAUGAAAAGCUGAUACGAUUUAUUUGUGAAAGAAAUAAAAAUAUCUGAUUUAAGAGUAGUGAUGGAACAAAUUAUUGUUAAUGAAUAUUAUAGUGUGCAAAUUUAAGUUACUUAAAUUUGUUUUUAUGCAAAAUGGAAGUAAAGCAUAUAAAUAUAUUUUUUCUUUAUUUUUUUAUUGAACCUACAAGACUUCAACUUCUUAUCAACGUCAAAAACCAGGGAGGUGACGUUAUGCAGGAGAACAUAACGGCGAAUGUGAGUGAGGACACAGUCACCCUGGAAUUCUUGAGACUUGAUGGUGUUUACGUGUCUCAAUUGGUGGAUUUUACUAAUGAAGUGGAAGCAAUGAAAGUCAUAAUACCUGGUGAAGAGGAGUUGGGUCAAUCAGGAUACCAGACACUCUGUUUUUUGUCUCAUGCUGCACAGGCAGAUUUUAUUGCCCCUGAUGCCAUGGCCAAGUUGAGACAGAAAAACCCUGGCACGGUGCGUGUGGCAGAAGAGGACAAGGGCUGGCGGCAGAGCACGGCGACUGCGUGGGCGGGCCGCGCCACUCGGCUGCUGUCUCCCGCCGCCACUAGACACUGUGCGCCUGCCAAAGAGAGAGUAUACUUACGCGCGGCAGACCUCACUCGGUGGGCGCCAAGACCUGGUUUGGAUCCAUCGUCUCCCAGCUCUGCAGUGACGCCAUUCCCUGAACAUGCGUUGAUCACUGACACCUCUGAUGGCAAACCUGCCGUGCCUCCUUGCCUGAACGAGUCUGAUAACACUAAGGAAUGCAUUUGUCAUUUGGAGUUAUGCGUGAACUGGUACCCUUGCGGGCUGAAAUACUGCAAAGGCAAGCCUCAAGGCGGGCUGAGCUACCGCUGCGGCAUCAAGACUUGUCGUCGCUGCCACAGGCACCAGUACUACGUGAGGCGACGUGACGCUUGCUACAGCCACACGUGACGGCGACGACGCGGGACCGACGCGGGACCCCGCUCGAUAAAUAAUCUUUCUUAUACGGCCUGCACACUAAAGGGGUUAUAUGAUGACCAGGUGUUAUUCUGGUCUGCUCACAUAUGAUCCACCAGAGCAGAUUAGUUGAUGAUUAUUUUUGCUAAAUGUAAGAAAUGAUUUGAUUGGAUUGAUAUAAAUCAUAAAAUAUUUAGACGGUACUUGAUUUUCAAUUAAUUUUCAUGGAUGACUUGAAUCAUGUUAAUGUAUAAAAAAUAGUAAAACAGUUUUACUAAAUGUGUGAUGUAAAUGGUAUCUUUUGAUUAACAGCUAUGCUAUAUACUGGCUUGUGUACCAUGGACAAGAUUUUAAGCUGGUGUAAGUGUAUUCAAUUUAGUAAACCUGGAGCAUAAAAAUACACAAUGACAAAAACGAAGACAAUUUUAAUAGAAAUGAACUUGAUGUUAAAGGUAGGUAAAAUAUUACCACAAAUUCCAGAUGCAAAGCCCUAGCGCCUACUAAGAUAGCAUAUUGCCAUCUAUAAGCUUGAAAGAUAAUUUAUCUUUACUAAAUCCUUAAGUUCAUAUAUGUAUUAUGAAUAUGAUUGGGAUUCUACAAAGCUUUUUUAUAUUCCAAUUUGAGACCAGAACAAAAUAACUCUUUUAGAUGUGCAGUGAUAUUUCUUCACAUAUUAUUUGUUAUUUAAUAAAACAAUUGUUGUAUUAUCAUGUAUUUAGGUAUAUUAAGCCAAAAUAAUUUCUAGUCUGGCUGAUAAAUGGCAUUCUGUGGUUGUAAUGCUUUCUAUAUGUAUUUGUAAAAAAACAAGACUUUAACACUACUUUGUAAGCUAUGACAAUACUUAUCUAUUCAUGUAAAUAUUUUGCUAUGUAUUUAUUUUUGUCUUAUUAAAAUGAAAUUUAUUUUAAUGUUUGUU